UGUCAUGAAGCUGCCCAGUGACUGUACACCACUCCCCGUCAGCACUAUAGAGGAAUUCUGGCAUUUGACAACUAUCUCUCGGAUCGAGACCACAUGGACUUAGUGGUUGGCUAUUUCUCUCUGAAAGGUGGCAGCGGUGCAGAAGACGGAGUUCGCAGGGUGCUCCGACAAAUCGUCUCCAAGACAGUUGCACUGCAGUGCAGCUGGGCCGGCUCCUCAGGGAAAAAAAUUCCAUUCAAAAGCCUCACAAAUGUGCUGCAUCUUUUGCUUGGUGCAACACGUGCCCUCUUCGGCACGACUGAUGCAGCUGUUGCAGAUACCAUCAAAAGGUGGCUGAUGCUUGCUGCAGACCAGCAGGGAGGCCGGACACACAGACGGCGCGUCGCCUUGUUGAGGCAAUCCGACACAAGCCAAGCCAGCACCUCGUAA